UAGUAAUAACGUUAUAAUCAGAUAUAACCAAGUUUAAUGUAAUAUGACGACAGCAUGAAGAGAGUUUCUUAAUUUGAGUACUUUUAUUAGAGUGCUUUCGAUCCUUGCUAUUGCCCUAGAAGAUUUUUCACCGAAACUUGCGCAAGCUUUCUUGAAGACACCGGAUGAUCAGAAAGUUAUACCUAGGAUCACAUCGUUUGCGAAGAUUACCGCGUCGUCUACAUAAUUAAUAUCUUACUGUCGACUUAAGGCUUAGUGUGCACCAUUGUAUGAAGAUUUAUGAUCACAUUUUUUAAGUGCUCGUAAAAUUUUUUAGUAGAGGACGUUUCCUUGGAACAAUGCAAUGAACAAAUUCCAGUGUAUACUAAUUAUUGUUAGGGAAACUUGAAAAUUGUGGUUACCCGCGGCAAUGAAUCGCAUACUGUUAAGACUGAAGCAAACACCCAGAAUUUCGUUUUGUGGUCGAAUAUCUAAGCUCUCCAAUUCUUAUUACGUAAAAAGCGAUGAGCGUGCAUUUAUGGAAACAUUUCCCGAAGUAAUACAAGUUUUAAUGAAUUCUCCUUGGUGUCUCCAAGUACCGAGCUUUGCAGAUCAUUACAAGGAGCUAAUAAAGUAUACGGUUUUAAAAGAGAGAAGAUUCCGGCCGUCCAUCGUAAUGGAAGCGUAUCGAGCAAUGGAGUCACCUGAAAACUUUAGUAAAGAAAAGUUACAUCUGGUAACUAUCUUCGCUUGGAGCAUAGAAUUGAUGCAAUCUGCUUUGAUCACCCUUGAUGACAUUUGGGAUCAAAGCCCAAUGCGUGGGAACGACAUUCCUUGGUAUAAAAAGCCAAACAUUGGCCUUACGGGUAUAAACGAUGGAGUUAUUUUGUAUGAGAGCGCCUUUUCGCUAAUAAAAACAUACUUCUCUUCCCAAAAUGUUUAUACGGCACUUAUGGAAACACUCCACCAAUUGAGCGUAGGAACAGCAAUAGGUCAGUAUUUGGACUGGAAAUGUAAAAGAGACUCCAAACCUACGUUCGAGAAUUUUAACAUGCAAACCUAUCGUGGUAUUGCCCGUUUCAAAACAGCGUCCGCUCUUGUCGAGACACCCUUCAAAGGUAUCCGAAUCCUAACAAACAAUUUACCAAUACCCAACAGUAGCGAAGAUGUUUUUAUGGAACUUGGGGUUGCUUGCCAGAUUGACAACGACAUCUUGGACACAUACAAUGAAAAGGGUGAGGUAAGACAUCAAGUUGGUAGUGACAUUCGCGAAGGUGCGUGCACUUGGCCUGCCAUUCAGGUAUUAGAGAGCGGCAAUAAGGAAAUGAUUCGAAAGUUUAAGCAAAAUUAUGGACGACCCCAACUCGAGUGUGAGAAUGAAAUUAUUAAAAUAUUCGAAGAGUUUCGCAUUUUUGGAAAAUAUCGUACGUAUUGUCAAACGACGAGGGGGAGGUUGGAGAAACGCGCGAGGGAGAUGGAACCGUCCUUGCAACGGGCAAUCCUGGCUGUAACGGAAAAUGUUUUACCCAUUUCAGCGUACAUUUAAAGCAACACUAACCAUUAUACGAGUAUAGUUAGGUGAUUGUGCAGUUUUCGGAACAUUGUUCUGUUGAUUACUAUUUAUUUAGUUGUAAUUUGAAAU